AUGGACUCCAAGGACGUCAAGAAAGCUGUCAUGCAGCAGGUCACGAACGAGACCAACCUCGCCAACGCGCGCCUUCUCAUCGAGAAACUCCAGGAGAACUGCUUCGAAAAGUGCAUCCCUAAGCCCGGCACCUCCGUCUCCAGCGGCGAGACCACCUGCGUCACGUCAUGCAUGGAGAAGUACAUGGCUGCUUGGAACCAGGUCAACAGCGCCUACAUUGACCGCAUACGCAAGGAGCAAGGCUCGUCCCUCUAA